UCACUUUAUGCUUCCUUCUAAAAUUUGAUUACGUUUAAUUCAGUUAAUUUUUGUUCCAGUAUUUUGUGCGAAUGGCUUUAUUUUUGUAGUCCAUUGCUACAAGCAUAUUGGUUUUAGUGAAGGGAAAAUUUACACCUGGAUCAAGUAGCUGAGGCAAACGAUGACGGUGCCCUGUUAAGUUUAAAAUGGAAUGAAGUUUACUCCUAACUGUUCACUUUCCCAAUAAAUACAACUUUUUUUCCUGCUUAUAAGAACUAGAGAUGGCGCCUGAAAAAGGAGUACCGUCUGCAACUAUAGCAGAUGAAAGUACAAUGGAAACAGUGGAGCUUCAUCGGGCAAGUAGUAUGUCAGAACCCAAUACACAAUGUGUUAAAGAUAAUGUCAAUGGCCAAAAGACUGACGUCAAAAGAUUCAAUGUCUAUUCUACUAUCGAAAAAAACAUUUUAUACGAAAUCAAACAACUGAAAAUAGAAGUAAUCAUGUUCUUAUACAUGUUUUCAUAUAUAAUGAGAUCUGUGUCAUCAGUCACUAUGAUGAUGGAGAAAGUAUGUUCUGUUCACUUAGGCUACUCCAAGGAAGUUUGCUCAAAUCUUAGUUACUAUGAAGAAAUAAAUGUUGAAGUCGAAAGAAUGGCCAACAAUUAUCACCUUGCCCAUUCGCUUAUACAAAUGUUACCAUCUGCUAUUUUAAGCUGCUUUAUAGGAACAUGGAGUGAUAAGUAUGGUAGAAAAUUACCAAUUAUCGGUGCUCUUUUAGGAAUAAUACUGGAUGGAUUAGGUGCUACUAUUUGUGCCUGGUUUUUUCAUAGCAGAAUAGAAUACUAUCUCAUACCUGCCUUUUUUACGGGAUUUUCCGGUGGAUUCAUAAGCGUUCUUACAGUUCUGUACAGUUAUGCUUCUGAUAUAACAACGUUUAGAAAGAGAACCAUGAAAUACGCUCUCUUAGAAGUGGCCUUUGGUUACUCUUUUCCACUAGGACAACUUGCCGGGGGUUUGCUUUUCAGGAGUUAUGGUUACGUCGUAGUAUUCAUGACUUCUACGGCGGGUCAUAUUCUUGGACUUGCAUGGGUUCUUUUCGUGCUUCAGGAAACUCGAGGUUUAGAUAAUAAUGAUAAUUGGAGAACAAAACUGCGUCAGUUAUGGUCCACGGAAGCUGUUAUUGCCAGCAUGAAAGCAACUAUCAAAAAGCGCCCUAACAGAGGAAGAGAGCAGCUGUUACUACUGAUAUUAGCAAUGAGCAUUGUUGUGCUUAAUUUAGCAGGAUCUUCUGGCAUCGCCUAUAUGUAUGCUCACCAUAUGUACAAUUGGGACAACACUACAUUCUCGACAGUUGCUUCAGUGUUUUCUGUUAUUGGUACAACCUCUAUGCUUAUAGCUGUUCCCAUUUUCAAAUGGUUCAAGUUAAACGAUCCAGCCCUAGGAAUAGUUGGUAGUGCUUCAAUCCUACUUAAAGGUGUAGGAAUAGGUUUAGCAACUCGAAAAUGGAUUUAUUUUUUAGCAAGUCUACUGGGAUUGUUAUCAGGACUAAGUACUCUAGCAGGACGUUCAAGAAUUUCUAAAGUAGUUUCAAAGGAUGAUUUAGGCAAAGUUUUUUCAUUUCUGACCACGGCAGAGGCUAUUUUACCUGUUUUGGCAACAUCUGUCAUAUCGCAAUCUUUCAAUGCCAGCUUAACAUUUUAUCCUGGAUUAGUAUACCUACUGAUGGGAAGUCUCUGUUUGGUGCCCCUUGUCAUAUUUUUAUGGCUUGCCAGGCUGCCAGUUGUAAACUACGAGGAAAUGCAUAACCGUGAUCAAGCUGACGAUAAUUCGACAGAGACAGAUACCAAGAAAUCAAAAGAGUUCACAUAUGCAUGUUUCACAGUUUUAGUUUUAGUCGUAUAUGACCAAGAAUAUUAUUGCCAUGUAUCUCUGCGGUCAGCCAAUCAGCUGCCUCCUAUUGCGGCGAGAACCCAGCAGAAAAUAUCCAUGAAGGAAAAUCCACCAGAAACAAUAGAAUUGAAUGAAACAGAUACAGUGGAUGAACCUAUCAAAUUCUCUGAGGAUAGUGGCAAUAAAGCAAAGACUACUGACAUUAUAAUUUCUAAAGCAGCUAUUAUUUUAUCAGAAAUAAAGGAUUUAAAGAUAGAAGUGGUCUUAUUCUUAUACAUGUUCUCUGCCGUUAUGAGAUCAGUUUCAUCUACAUCUAUGAUUAUAGACAAGGUAUGUCUCUUUCAUUUGCACUAUCCAGAAGAAAUAUGUUCAAAUCUUGGAAAUUACACAGAUAUAAACAUAAAAGUUGAAAAAAUGGCUAACAACUACCAAGUAGGACAUACACUUAUUCAGAUGUUACCGGCUGCAAUUCUUGCUUGCUUCAUAGGUGCGUGGAGUGAUAAGUAUAGCAGGAAAUUGCCAAUAAUUUGUGGUCUCUUUGGUAUAACACUCGAUAGCCUAGGAGCUGCUCUCUGUGCUGGUAUCUUCUCUAGUAGAGUAGAAUAUUAUCUCCUUAGUGCUAUAUUUACAGGAAUUUCAGGGGGAAUCAUUAGCGUUCUCACUGUCCUCUUCAGUUUUGCUUCGGAUGUGACGACCCUCGAGAAAAGGACCAUGAAAUACACUUUCAUGGAAGUGGCUUUCGGUUUGUCAAUGCCCUUAGGACAACUUGCUGGAGGAUGGGUUUUCAACUAUUAUGGUUAUGUAGCUGUGUUUUUAACAUCUACUGCGGGAACGGUUCUCACUUUGGUUUUGGUCAUUUUCCUGCUGAAAGAAACUAGAGGUUUGGAAAUUAAAGAGAGUUGGAAGACAAAGGUACGGAAUUUGUGGUCUACGGAUUCAGUAAUCAGCAGUUUCAAGGCAGCAGUCAAACGCCGACCCAACAAAGGAAGAGAACAAAUAUUGUUGCUGAUAAUGGCAAUGAGUUUUGCUCUCCUGAACACGUCGGGAGGGGCCACUAUUAGCUUCAUGUACGUCCAUCAUAUGUACCAAUGGGAUAACACAACUUUCUCAACAGUAUCUGCAAUUUUCAAUGUCAUCAGUACACUGGCUGUGCUCAUUGCUGUACCCCUCUUCAGACGAUUCAAGUUGAAUGAUCCAGCCUUGGGAAUUGUUGGCACAGUUUCCGUUUUGCUCAAGAAUGUCGGAACAGGACUUGCAACUUCCAAAGGGGUUUAUUUUCUUUCGAACUUAUUGGGAUUAUUCCAAGGUUUGAGCACAUUAGCUGGACGGGCAAGGAUUUCAAAAGUAGCUUCCAAAAAUGAUUUAGGAAAAAUAUUUUCAUUCCUAAUCACAGCAGAGGCUCUUCUGCCUAUCCUAGCGACAUCUGUUGUAUCACAAGUUUUUAAUGCUACUUUAUCAUUUUUUCCCGGAUUAAUAUUCUUAAUCCUUGGAGGUCUUGCCAUACUACCACUUGGAGUGUACAUAUGGGUUGCGCAGCUUCCAGCCGUUAAUUACGAGGAAAUGCAUAAAGAUUCUGAAACUGGAGACAUUUCUGCAUCCUCAACAGUACCCAUAGACGGCAAAUUAAUUGUUUCUCAAAAAAAAUAAUGGAAAUUUUCAGA